AUGGUGAAGGAACUGGAGCCGUUGAAGAUUGACUGUACGGUGCGUCUGAUGCGGGGUGUGCGGUGCACGGCUCCCAAGAAGCAUGCGCCGAGGGCUAUCCGGAAUUUGAAGGCUCAGGCACAGAAGGUGAUGUUGACGAAGGAUGUGCGUAUUGACCCGCAAUUGAACGAGGCCGUCUGGACCAAGGGUGUGAACCACUUGCCCAACAAGAUCCGUGUUCGCUUCAAUCGCAAACGUAACGAAGAUGAAGACGCUACCGAGCGAUUCUACACGGUCGUCGAACUCGUCGAGUGCACUAACUUCAAGGGACUCAACACCGAAGUCGUCAACGAAGACAACUAA